CGGAUUAUUUUCUACGUAUUUUGAAGCUUUAUCGAAAUUUCAUUUCAUCAUUCAAUUUGAAGUCAGCAUUUACCAGUGUGUGUAAAGGCUUUGCCAACUGAACAACUCGUAUAUUUCAAAUAUCACCUGCAUAAAGAACAAUGACGCUGUUAAUAGCUCUAUCGUGCCUCCUGGCAGUGUCCGCUGCCUCGGACUCGGACGCUUGCUACAAAGACGUCUCGUUGGACUGCUCGCAAACAUCUAGCAGUUUGACUUUUCAAAACUGUAACGCCGUCUACGGGAAAUAUGGCAGCAAUGGCAACGUAGCGACAGAGAUGCAGGCCUACGCCAACCUUCACCUCGAGAGAUCCUAUCAGUUUCUUCUGUCGGCUGCAUAUUUCAACAAUUACCAGACUAGUAGACCUGGCUUUGGGAAAUUGUUUAAGAAACUAUCUGACGAAGCUUGGGAGAAGAGUAUCGAGCUGAUUAAGCAUGUUACUCUGAGAGGUGGCGUAAUGGAUUUCAGCCGCCGCUCGUCCCAAGACAGCAGCGAUCGCCACUACACAGUCGAGCUGCACGAGCUGGAAGCCCUCGCAAAGGCGCUGGACACCCAGAAGGAGCUGGCCGAACGCGCUUUCCACAUUCACAAGGAGGCGACCAAGGCUAACGAGAAGAUUUAUGAUCCUGAGAUUACCCAGUUCCUAGAAGAAGAAUUCAUGGAAUACCAUUCAAACAGCAUCAGGGACUUGGCAGGUCAUUCAAUCAACCUCAAGGAAUUCAUCACAACCAACAACGGCCAAGAUUUGUCACUGGCGUUGUAUCUUUUCGAUGAAUAUUUGAAGAAAAUUGUCUAAAUUUGCAGAAAUUACUGCAAAAAAUUGAUUAGGGUUGUAGUGCGGUGAUACGAGACUUGAUAUGAACAGAAAAACAAUUCGCAGUUAAAAAAAUAUUCGUGUAUUUAAAUUCAAUAAG